CAGCGUUUGCGUAUAGUUUCAGGGCCGAUCGUGAAGAAGUCGUCUUCGAUGAGUGAGGAUUCGUCAUCUGACAUGAUGGAGCUGGACGAGAGCGCUCUGGUGACUGAUCCGCAUCUGGAGUCCAACCUGAGGCGGCUGCAGGAGGAGGAGCGCCUUCUCCUGGAACAACAGGCCACCAUGGAAGCCGGCAACUCUGAUGACAUCGCCGCUCUGGAAACCCAGGAUGCUCUGCGCCUCAACCAGCUGCAGCAACAAGAGCUGCACCGCCAGCAGAACCUGCAGGCGCAGCGCAUCGCCCGCUACCAGCAGCAGCUGACGCAGGAGGGCGCGUCGCACGGCCACGGCCACGGCCACGGCCACAGCCACGGCCACGGCCACUACGCCGGACGCCGCGACGGGCCGCGCCGCCGCGCCGCCUGCACCGUGCGCGUCAACAACCUGCAUGCCGCAGAAGCCAUCGAGACAGAUGUCUGA